CUCUCUCUCUUUCUCUCUCUAUUGCUCUCUGCAAAUUUCGGUUUUCCAAAUUAAGCGAGAAAAGGAAACGUUUCGCUUUUUACAGCUCCCGAUUUCUGAGAUCCCCAUGAGAAAUUGUUGAAAGCUCAUACAGAAUAUAAAUAUUGUGCACCAAUUUGGUCGCAUAUUUAUCGAAUAAUUGGGGAUAUUAGUGACACAGUGAGGUGGGGAUACUGAAAUUGUCUGUAUUUGUACUGGUGACACCGCCCGUAAUAUAUUUGUGAGCUUUUGUUUCUUUUAGAAGAAUACUUAUUUGUUCUGUUUUUGAUUGAGUGGGUUGAGCAUAUUAAUUAUUGUAAAAAUACUAAGUCAGGCCUGGCUCUGGAGAGCUACUUAGACUCUGGCCACCAAAGGGCGGUGCCUCCUAUGGUGCCUUCUCGGGUGGCUGGAGGAUUAGCGCAAUCUUCAUCAAGUUCUGGAAUUUUCUUCCAAGGGGAUGGGCAGUCUCAGCUUGUAGUUAACUCUCACUUGAGCUCAUCUUUCGGGAACUCUUCUAAUUCCAUUCCUGGAACUGGGCGUUCAAAUCUGGGUCCGGUUUCUGGGGACAUGAAUAAUGCAGUUUUGAGCGGUGUGGCAAACUCAGGUCCAAGUGUUGGGGCAAGUUCUUUGGUCACAGAUGCGAACUCUGUACUUUCAGGCGGUCCCCAUUUGCAGAGAAGUGCAAGCAUCAAUACAGAGUCAUACUUACGCUUACCAGCCUCACCCAUGUCGUUCUCAUCCAACAACAUUAGCAUGUCAGGGUCAUCAAUUAUGGAUGGGUCUUCCGUAGUGCAACAAAAUUCUCAGCAUGAUCACAACUCUCAACAAAUCCAGCAGAAUCAGCAGCACCAGCACCCGCGGCAGCAAGGGGCUUCUAGUGCUACUUCAUUAGCCACGUCUCAAACUGGCCAGGUUUCCCUUCCCAUGGGGGCGCGAGUACCUGGAGCUUUUAUUCAGGAUCCAAAUAAUUUGGCCCACGUCCAAAAAAAACCCCGGUUGGAUAUCAAGCAGGAGGAUAUGUUGCAGCAGCAGGUGUUACAGCAGCUACUGCAAAGGCAAGAUCCCAUGCAGUUCCAAGGCCGAAAUCCACAAAUACAAGCCUUGCUUCAGCAGCAGAGAUUGCGGCAACAGCAUCAGAUUUUGCAGUCUAUGCCUCAACUGCAGAGAGCCCAGUUGCAGCAGCAGCAGCAGCAGCAGCAGCAGCAACAGCAACAACAACAACAACAUCAGUUGCAGUUGAGACAACUUCAACAACAAUCUUUGCAGCCAGUAUCUUCCGUUAAGCGCCCCUAUGAUGGUGGCGUUUGUGCUCGUAGACUGAUGCAAUAUCUAUAUCAUCAGCGGCAACGGCCUUCUGACAAUAGUAUUGCCUAUUGGAGGAAGUUUGUGACAGAGUAUUACUCGCCUCGUGCUAAGAAAAGAUGGUGUUUGUCAUUAUAUGAUAAUGUUGGGCAUCAUGCACUUGGCGUUUUCCCUCAGGCUGCUAUGGAUGCGUGGCAAUGCGACAUUUGCGGUUCUAAAUCUGGAAGGGGUUUUGAGGCAACCUUUGAAGUGCUCCCUAGACUUAAUGAGAUCAAAUUUGGUAGUGGAGUCAUCGAUGAACUUUUGUUUUUGGACUUGCCACGUGAAUGUAGAUUUCCUUCUGGUGUAAUGAUGUUGGAGUAUGGGAAAGCAGUUCAAGAGAGUGUAUACGAGCAACUUCGUGUUGUUCGGGAGGGUCAGCUUCGUAUAAUUUUUACGCAAGAUUUAAAGAUAUUGUCUUGGGAAUUCUGUGCACGACGCCAUGAAGAACUUCUUCCUCGUAGGUUGGUUGCGCCGCAGGUGAAUCAGUUGGUUCAAGUUGCUCAGAAAUGCCAAAGCACAAUUGCUGAAAGUGGAUCUGAUGGGAUAUCUCAGCAGGAUCUACAGACAAACAGCAAUAUGGUACUGACAGCUGGGCGGCAGCUUGCAAAGAGUUUGGAGUUGCAGUCAUUGAAUGAUUUGGGUUUUUCUAAAAGAUAUGUGAGGUGUUUGCAGAUCUCAGAGGUUGUCAAUAGCAUGAAAGACUUGAUUGACUUCUGCAGGGAGAACAAAGUUGGGCCUAUCGAGGGCUUGAAGGUCUAUCCUCGGCACGCCACUGCAGCCAAGCUCCAGAUGCAAAAGAUGCAGGAAAUGGAGCAGUUAGCAAGUGCUCAGGGUAUGCCCACUGACAGGAACACUCUCAAUAAGCUAAUGGCAUUGCAUCCUGGGAUGAAUAACCAAAUCAAUAAUAACCAUCACAUGGUCAAUCGUGGAGCUAUGAGUGGUUCAGCACAAGCUGCUUUGCAACUGACUACUUACCAGAAUCUGCUCUUGAGGCAGAACUCAAUGAAUUCAAAUGCAAACUCUCUUCAACAGGAGGCAUCUUCUUCCUUCAAUAAUUCCAACCAUAGCCCAUCGUCAACAUUCCAAGGUGCUUCUGCUUUAAUCCCUGGAUCCAUGCAGAACUUACCCGGUAGUGGUUUGUCAAGUCCCCAUUUACCCUCGCGACAGCCGCACCAGAUGCAGCAGCGCUCACUUAGUUCUAAUAGCUUGCUACCACAAAACCAUUCACCUAGCUCCCAAGGAAACCAGGCCUUGCAGCAACAGGUGAUCCAGCAACUGCUACAGGAGAUGUCCAAUAACAGUGGGGGAGGUGGACAACAAUCUCUUUCUGGUCCAAAUGCAAAUGGGAGUGUGGGAAGGAGUGGAUUGAGUUUUGGAGGCAACAAUCCAGCGGCAACUCCAGCCACCUCCAAUGUCUCCGGAGGUCAUGGCCCUGCGCCAAGCAGGAGUAAUAGCUUCAAAGCUGCUGCAAACAGUGACUCUUCGGCAGGUGGAGGUAACAAUGCAUACAACCAGAGAGCAUCUGAUUUACCCUCAAACCUUCACUUGCAGGAGGAUAUGGUACCGGACAUCGCCCAUGAAUUCACAGAAAACGGUUUUUUUAACAGCGAUCUAGACGAUAAUAUGGGCUAUGGCUGGAAGGCGUGACUAACAUAAUUUGGCCUAAUUGGCUCCCAUUGGGUAUGUGGCCAGCAUAUAUCUUUGUACAGGACAAUUUAAAAUAGCUGUUUUACUCCCUUCUAUUUUUUCUCUUUUGUCUCAGUAUGGAAUUUGUUGUGACAUUGCGCAUUUGUACUUGAGUAGUUCAGUUCGGUAGGAGUUUAGUGUUUUUUUUUUUUUUUCCUGAGGGUUUUCUGUCUCCAUGUCUUGCAAGUGUAAUCUACUGGAUAAAAAACUCUUGAGAACAGCUUUUGUUUCCCCGUAAUAUGAUAUUCACAUAUUUCACUCC